GUAGACGGUCAUUCGUUACGUCAAAAGCCCACGUCGGAUCUUCUUUCUUCUUUCAAACAAAAGGCCGGUCAGCUCUUUCCUUGAUAUUUCACACGCUAAAACAGCUGCAACUAUAACAACAAUAACAACAACGACCACCUUUGUUUUCGCUUCACCCUUAACUAGCCUCCCUCGGUCACUUUUCAGGGUUGCUAGAUGUUGGAAUUAACAGUUUAAAAUACUGUUGGAAGGCUUUAAAUGAAGGGGUCUGCUCUAUAGUAUAUCAGGGUUUCAUGAAUCAUGUUGAUUCAGUCAGCUCAACCGUGAAGGCUUUGGUCAAACUUUGAACUGGCCUUGAAGAAAGAAAAUUCAGCAAUUAGAAAGUCUCUUGACUUUUUCUCCUUUAUUGCCUGGAUAUACGCAUUCUUUGGUUAAUUUUGUUAAGUUGGACUUAAAAGACAAAUUCCGUCUGAGUUUAUAUUUCGCUGUGAUUGUUGAAUACUAGAUUUGUUUGAGACCAAUUGACUCCGUUGAUUCAAGUUUAUUGGGCGUUUAUCUUUGGUUGCGUUGCAUCAUUGGUUUGCUGUAUUGAGUAUGGGCAACAUUGAUUGAAGUUAAUUAAGGUUUCCGGACUUGAUUUUGCAUGUUUCACUCUUUUGUCAUUAGUUGGAAGCAACUAGCAGAAUAAGCGAUGCUUCAUUUAUAAUUUAGUUUUUUAUGGGAGUUGAGUGCUUAAUUCAUCGAGAAUGGCUGCUUAUAUAUUUAGUCUACUGCUGUUUGUGCAAUUAUCAAGAUUCUUUGCCUCUGAGCUCGAAGUAAAGUCGAAAGUUUGUGGCACGGAGCACAUAGCCUAUUCAAAUUUGUAUGGUCAUGAGUUGUUUUAUUUGAACGGCAAUCUAGUAGAUAAAGUUUUGUUCUGUAAGGCCCUACAGUUGCACUAUGCGGAUCAUUGUGUGUUUGAAGGCUAUAUUGGAACUGAUUACUGUGGUUUGGACCUUUCAUCAGGAGGAAGAAAAUUAUUGCAGGAGCCAAAGAAAGAUGAUGAUAAACCUGAUCAUAAUCCAAAGGGGAAGAAUAAUAAAAGAUAUUCGGCCUCAACCAAAGUAGGGAUAGCGGCAGCUGGAACUUUUUUGACAUUUUGCGUUUUUAUCUGCCCCUGCCUUUAUCGGAAAAGGAGAGCAACUGCUCACACUGUUCUUGCAAGGGAUCCAAAUUCAAUGGAUUCAGCUUCCUCUUUGGAAAUGAGUAUUCAUUCUACUUCUGAAAAGGUUCCAGCCAGCCCACUAAGGGUACCACCUAGUCCUUCGAGAUUCGCGAUGUCUCCAAACCUCAGUAGAAUGGAGCCAGUGCAUCUCAAUAUGACACAGGUCGCCAGAGCUACCCGUAAUUUCUCAUCAGCACUACAGAUAGGUGAAGGAGGGUUUGGAACUGUCUACAAGGCCCAGCUAGAUUCUGGCCAGGUGGUUGCCAUUAAACGAGCAAAGAAGGAACAUUUUGAGAAUCUGCAAACUGAGUUCAGCUGUGAAGUUGAACUUCUAGCCAAGAUCGAUCAUAGGAACCUUGUGAAGUUACUUGGUUAUGUCGAUAAAGGAAAUGAACGGCUUAUUAUUACAGAAUAUGUACCGAAUGGUACUCUGAGAGAGCAUUUGGACGGUCGGCGUGGCAAAAUCCUGGAUUUCAAUCAGCGUCUUGAAAUUGCCAUUGACGUUGCUCAUGGCCUUACAUAUCUCCAUCUCUAUGCAGAGAAGCAAAUUAUUCAUCGAGACGUGAAGUCAUCCAACAUUCUUCUGACAGAAAGCUUGAGAGCUAAAGUGGCUGAUUUUGGAUUUGCAAGACUUGGACCAUUGGACUCGGACCAAACACAUAUUUCAACUAAAGUGAAAGGAACAGUUGGUUACCUUGAUCCUGAGUACAUGAAAACCUAUCAACUCACAACCAAGAGUGAUGUGUACUCGUUCGGGAUUUUACUCAUAGAAAUUCUGACUGGCCGCCGUCCUGUGGAGGUAAGGAGACCAGUUGACGAGCGCGUGACACUCAGAUGGGCAUUCCAUAAGUAUAAUGAAGGACAUGCAGUGGAGUUGGUGGAUCGUAUGAUGGAAGAAGUUGUAGAUGCAGAGAUACUAGUGAAGAUAUUUGCUUUGGCAUUUCAAUGUGCAGCACCGAUAAGAAAUGAUCGACCAGAAAUGAAAUCUGUGGCAGAACAGUUAUGGGCAAUAAGGGCUGAUUACCUCAAGAACUCAAGGCGAGGGUAACGCAAGAGGUUUAAUAGUAGUAUCCUCUAUCCUUCAUUGUUCUUUUUUUGUUUUCUUUUUGUGUAUUUCGUUGCUGCUUCUUGCUGUUGUUCACUUUUCUUUUGUUUUUUCCCCCUCUUUUCAAGCUUCCUGUAAAAACAAAAAUUGGUCUAAACCAAAAGCUAUGAUGCUGUUUGCCUCGUUCUCUUGCUUCAAGUCUCAGACAGUGUCAUUCUGGCAAAGCAUCAAAAGUAAAUAUGAAGAGGAUAUUCACUUCAAUUAUAUAUUAUUUCAUUUUAUUUCACUGAUCCAAUUCACUCGCCUAG